AAAAAAAAAAAAAUGUAAACAAAGAAAAAAGGAAAAAAGAAAGUUCGAGAUCAACCCUGCUCCAUAAAACCCUCUCUCUGUUCUCUUCCUCUUGUUGCUCUUUUCUGAUUCUUCGCUGCGACAAUCCAUAAAACUUAAACCUAAAGCAAAGCUCUCAGCACCCAAACCUCUCUCGCGAUCCCCAGGUUUUUGAACAAGACAAAAGCUUGAGAAUGAGUGUAGUUGGGUUUGAUUUCGGAAACGAGAACUGUCUCGUUGCUGUCGCGAGGCAGAGAGGUAUCGAUGUUGUGCUUAACGAUGAGUCUAACCGUGAGACUCCUGCCAUUGUAUGCUUUGGCGAGAAGCAACGUUUCAUCGGAACUGCUGGAGCUGCUUCCACCAUGAUGAACCCUAAAAACUCUAUUUCGCAGAUCAAGCGUCUUGUGGGUCGUCAGUUCUCAGACCCUGAGUUGCAGAGAGACAUCAAGUCUCUUCCUUUCUCUGUUACAGAAGGACCUGAUGGGUACCCUUUGAUCCACGCUAAUUAUUUGGGAGAGAAGAGGGCGUUUACUCCCACUCAGGUUAUGGGGAUGAUGCUUUCUAACUUGAAAGGCAUUGCUGAGAAGAAUCUGAAUGCUGCUGUGGUUGACUGCUGUAUCGGUAUUCCUGUUUACUUCACCGAUCUUCAGAGAAGAGCUGUGCUAGAUGCAGCGACUAUUGCAGGCUUGCAUCCUUUGCAUUUAAUCCAUGAGACAACAGCAACAGCUUUGGCGUAUGGUAUCUACAAGACGGAUUUGCCCGAGAGUGAGACUCUUAAUGUUGCGUUUAUUGACAUUGGCCAUGCAAGUAUGCAAGUUUGCAUUGCAGGGUUCAAAAAGGGACAGCUUAAGGUCUUGUCUCACGGCUUUGAUCGGUCUUUAGGAGGAAGGGACUUUGAUGAGGUUCUUUUCAAUCAUUUUGCUGCCAAGUUCAAGGAGGAGUACAAGAUUGAUGUCACUCAGAACGCUAAGGCUAGUCUCAGGCUGAGGGCUGCGUGUGAGAAGCUGAAGAAGAAGGUGCUAAGUGCUAACCCUGUGGCGCCAUUGAAUAUUGAGUGUUUGAUGGAUGAGAAGGAUGUUAGGGGUGUUAUCAAGAGGGAAGAGUUUGAAGAGAUCAGUGUGCCUAUUUUGGAGCGUGUGAAGGGGCCUCUGGAGAAGGCUCUCGCUGAUGCUGGGUUAUCAAUUGAAGAUGUACAUAUGGUAGAGGUUGUUGGAUCUGGCUCUCGUGUUCCUGCCAUUAUCAAGAUUUUAACUGAGUUUUUUGGUAAGGAGCCAAGGCGUACAAUGAAUGCUAGUGAAUGUGUGUCUAGGGGAUGUGCCUUGCAGUGUGCUAUUCUCAGUCCCACCUUCAAAGUUCGCGAGUUCCAGGUUCAUGAGAGCUUCCCCUUCUCAAUUUCGCUUGCAUGGAAAGGAGCAGCUUCUGAUGCUCAAAAUGGAGGAGCUGAGAAUCAGCAGAGUACCAUUGUUUUCCCCAAAGGAAACUCCAUCCCAAGUGUCAAGGCUCUAACGUUUUACCGCUCUGGAACCUUCUCUGUUGAUGUGCAGUACAGUGAUGCGUCCGAGUUGCAAGUACCUCCUAAAAUCAGCACAUACACGAUUGGUCCCUUCCAGUCAUCAAAAGGCGAGAGGGCAAAGCUUAAAGUGAAAGUGAGAUUGACCCUUCACGGGAUUGUCUCUGUUGAAUCAGCAACUCUUUUGGAGGAAGAAGAAGUUGAAGUUCCGGUCGCAGCAGAGCAGAUGGACACUGACAAAGUUUCUGGUGAAACUGAUGUGAACAUGCAGGACGCCAAGGAAACCAAUGAUGCAGCUGGUACUGACAAUGGUGUUCCUGAGUCUGCUGAUAAGCCGGUGCAAAUGGAAACUGAUUCCAAGGCUGAGGCUCCGAAGAGGAAGGUCAAGAAAACAAAUGUCCCACUGUCUGAAUUGGUAUACGGUGCCUUGCAAUCUGUUGACGUCCAAAAAGCCGUGGAGAAAGAAUACGAGAUGGCUCUCCAAGACAGAGUUAUGGAGGACACCAAGGACCGAAAGAAUGCUGUCGAGUCCUAUGUUUAUGAUAUGCGAAACAAAUUGAGUGACAAAUACCAUGAGUACAUAACCGAGUCAGAGAGGGAAGCUUUCCUGGCGAAGUUGCAGGAAGUGGAGGAUUGGUUAUAUGAAGAUGGGGAAGAUGAGACUAAAGGAGUCUAUGUUGCAAAGCUUGAGGAGCUCAAGAAGGUGGGUGACCCUGUUGAGAUGCGUUACAAGGAGUCACAGGAAAGAGGGACGGUCAUUGGUCAUCUUGGUCACUGUGUUAACAGCUACAGAGAGGCAGCUGUCUCUAAUGACUCCAAGUUUGACCACAUUGAACUAGAAGAGAAGCAAAAGGUAUUGAACGAGUGUGUGGAAGCAGAAGCAUGGAUGAGGGAGAAGCAGCAGCAACAGGAGGCGCUCCCCAAGUACGCAACACCAGCGUUCUUGUCAGCUGAUGUUACAAGAAAGGCGGAGGCAUUGGACAAGUUUUGCAGGCCUAUAAUGACCAAACCAAAGCCGGUUGUGAAACCGGAAGCACCACCAGCCAAGGCGGCGGAAGAGGAGAAGAGUGAGCCACAGCCAGCAGAAGGCUCUGGCGAAGAACCAAUGGAGACAGAGAAGCCUACUGAAGAUAGUGCCUAAGAGAUGCUGGUGCGCGUGUAUCGAUUUUGUUUUUACCUUUUUUCCUUAGUUCUUGUCUUCGUUAUUACUCCCUUUAAGAUUCUAUAUUUAAACUCUUUUCUUUUCGAUUACAAUUUUCAGGAAGUAUUGUUUCCCUUUGUGUUUUCUUUAUAACACUAUUUAUCGUGUGAGAUGUAGAUUUUUUCUACAUGUUAAAUAUCUUCCUGAACUGGUUUUGUAGCCAGAGCAAAUGAUAAAUGUUUAGUUUUAACAAUGGUUAUAUUCAGUAAGUACAGUGUUAAAAAGGAAGCCUUUAUUUUAAAAAACAUUGUUAUGC